AUGAAUGAUAUACAAGAAAUAGCUAUGAUGAAACACCGAAUUGCUAUUCUUCUAAUUAAGAAACAAACUACAGAAACUUAUCUCGAAUCCGUAACAGGCAAAUUAAAUAUAUUCGAAUCUGAUUUAAUUGAUGUUGAUCAACGAGUGUGGCCUAUGCAAGUUCAAUCAUUAAUGUUAACACAUCAGAAAUCUUCGAGUGCUGCUGCUACUGCUUCUUCUUCGACAACAACAGCAGCAACGACAAUGGCAACAGAUAAGGAAAAGAAACAAAUAAUUUGUGAAAAUCUUCUACAUCAACAGUUAAAAGAAAUAGAUCAAUCUUUAAAACAAUAUGAAAAACAACUCAAUAAUAAGCAAAAUUCUGUAAUCGGAUUUACAUCAAAAAUGGAAGAGAUAGUGGACAGCUAUGUUCAACAAUAUGGCAUUAAACCAAUCAAAAUCAAAUGUGAUUUAAAAAUAGCAUUGAUUAAAUAUAAUUAUCAAUCAGAACUAUUACAAAGAAAAUUUUCUCAAGAACAACCAAAUAGAUAUCAACUCAAAGGCCUUUUGGAUACAAAGCGUCAAGAACAGAAAUCUAAACGAGAAUUAUUUGAAUUAAAACAACGAAUCUUCUAUAAUAAAUUAUCUAUGGUAACUUUGUCGAAUGAGCAGAUGGCAACAUUAUUACGUACCAAUGUUCAACAGAGAUUAGUAGUAAACAAAGAAGAAAAAUUCAUCUAUUAUAAGAAACUCGAUUUAUUAGCCGAACAGUUGAGAAAAGCAGAAGAACAAUAUUAUUUUAAUCAAUAUGCAUUCGAUCAUGAUUUUUCAAGAAUGUGGCACAAUCAUCGUCAACAUGGAUAUGUUGAUAAUAAUAAUCUACAAAGUCCCUCUUCAAAUAUGAUUAUUACUACAAAUCAACAUGGAUUAAAUGACAAACAAUUACAGUUAUUAAAUCGAGGACCAACUUAUAUUCCUCUAUGUCAAAUUAAAGCAUUAAGAACGGAAAUUCAAACGAAAAUUGAAGAUCAAUUUCGAUAUCUUUUUUCUAAUUCCACUCCAUCUGAUCUGCAACAACAGCGUGCACUCUAUGAAAAGAAAUUAAUUCAAACUAUUCGAUCGUCAUUAAAGAAAAAUAAACUUAUUCUACGAAGAUUAUCAAUGGCAUAUGAACUUUUAAGCAGUAAUGAAGGACAGAAGCAUUAUGACUUGAACAAAAGGAUUGAAUCAAUGAAUAUCUUAUUAGAAAAAUUAAGAGAGAAAAAAGCAUUAGAUAAUAAUACAGUGAAUUAA